CGAAGAUCUCUUCUUCAAGAAGACCCUAUUAAUGAUCAUCGCACAUCUUGCCCAUAUUGACGUUUAUCUUUUCGUAAUUCAUUCUUGUCAGUUUCAAGUGAUAUUUAAGUUGUUUGGCGGCGAAGAAGUGAUUAUCUCAAACGUUCAGGUGAUGAGGAAAACGAUGAUCAUGCCGGUGAUCCUGCAGAUCGUUAAAUGCUGCGCCAACUGCAAGAUGAUCGAGAGGUCCUCAUCGUCGUUGAUCCUACUGGAGCACGCGAUGCACAUUCUGUCGCUAUUAGCGCCGCGAAUGGCGACGGAUUUUGUGAAAUACAAAGGCACACUCACAUUAUUGGAGAUGGUCGAUCGAGUUUUGAACGUCAAGUUCGACGAACAUCUCGCGACAAUUUUGACAAGAGCGAUCUGUUCGAUUAUCCUGCAGAACGAAGUCAUGCUACUGGAGGACUUUCGACAUCAUGAGAUGAUACCGUUGCUAAUCAGAUUAAUCAGCAAUAUCGCGGUUCUCGACAAACUUACAAUGAGAAGACAGCGAAUUCUAACAUUGCUGUUCACCGCCCUAGAGGGUCUCGUGAAAAAACAGACAUCUGUUCAACAGAUGUACGGUGAACGGAGCGUCCGACUCAUUAUCGAGAUAUUUGCGAGGUGUCUGUAUCAAAAGAAGGAUGACUUUCAAGUAGAUCAACGGCUGUUGUUAGCAAUAGGCUGUUACGUUUGGGAAUGUGUGGCGCGGUGUCCAACGAACCUGCAAAUUUUCCUGCAAAGCGGAGGACUAUACUUCAUGCUGGAUAUAAUUGAGAUAGCAAACUACCCCGUGAAAUGUCUAUACCUCGGCGUAUUAACCGAUAUGGUCGAUUGCACCUUUUGUGGGCCGUUUCUCUGCACCUGGAGAGGCACUGAUAAGAAGACAGGACUAAUAUCCUUGCUCGCGGUUAUCUGGCGGGAGGAAGAGGAUAGGAUCGGCAUUAAGAGACGCGCUGAUGGUUCCAUUGGAGAUCCAGAACUGCCUCAGAUGGGUACCAAGCAGUGGGCAGACACUUACAGUUCAAAGCUCACGGCGGACAGCAGUCCCACCAUGGUGGAUAUGAUCGGCUCGCUGCGAUCGAAGAUCUUCAGUAUUGUGAAAAUCAUCGAGAGGGAUAGCGACAAAUACGAGAUCGCCAACAAGCAUUACAAGGUCCUUCUCGAUGUGCUGCCGACGAAGGAUCGUAUAACAAUGUGCUGCGUCAACGUGUACCUGCAGCUGAAGCUCAGCCAGAUGUGGACGGAAAUCUCCAAGUACUUAGAGCAAACCGGCAUCACGCCCUUGAACGUGGACGCGCAGUUGAUCUCCAGCAUGGUGCAAUGGCACCAUUCAUGGGGAAUAUUCAUCGAGGAGAACCAGAGGAAGCUGAUUUCGGCCGCUAAGCGCGCGGAUGAGAUUCAGGAGAAGGAGGACUUCGCGAGGAUACGCGACUCCAAACUGGCGCCGACCCUGGAAGCGUUAAACGAGGUGGAUCUUCUCCGUCGCACGACCGACAGGUCGUACAUGCUGAGGAUGAAAAGUCUGCAGAGGCGACAGAUCAACGCGGCGUUGUGUUUCCCUCGCGACGCCGACAUCAAGCGGUGUCAUCGCACGUUCGCGGAAAAAGCGAAUUUCACGGUUAUACUCGGGCAACAUCAAUCGAUCGACACCUCGCACUUGAUCGGCUCGAGCGGCGACUUCGUGGAAUUACCCUUUGUUUCACCCCCGGACUCACCCUACGGAGAAACCUUUUCCUUGCUCGACAGUACUUCCGGUGCUUCCCUCUCUCUCUCUUACAUACAUCGUCUCGCGGACGAAUGCUAAAGUCGCUUCAACGAAUCGACGCUCUGUCUGCGUGGCGAGAUGUUUGUCGAAACAGAUGAAGACAAUUAUCGCGCAAUCGUUCGUAUCUCCGAAAUGAUAACGUCUUAUCUUGCUACGAUAUCACAGUUGCCUUCCUUAUCGAUGUAAGUCAACUGAGCGUUAUCUCCAAUGAAUUCUAAACGAUCUAAUCGAUCUAAUCGAUACUACCGCGCAUUGUAAACAAAUAAAUCCGACAUUUGACGGCGGAUUGAAGUUCAACGAUUUUGUCUUAUUUGCCUUUCGCUUGCAGCCGGUGAUAUUUAUAUUUACUGCAUUAAUUUCUCACACUUUACAUGUUUAUCUUUGAACCUAUCUCUUCCAUCUUCCCACCAGUCCUCUUCGUUCCUGAGAGCAAGCUCCCCGAAAUCAUGAGGUCUGUUUUAGCUGAACUAUCUGAACUCGUACAUAUUGAAACAAGUUAGAAUAAAACAAAUUGUUUCACUCUGACUUAUUGCAGCAGUCUUAUUGCGUCAGUUCAGACAGUUUAGCUGAGAAGAAUAGACCUAAAA